GAGGAGUCCGGGACAGACAGGACAGACCAGGACACGAGACAUGGAGGUCUGUCAGAGGUUUAGGCUGCUGGUUGUCUCUCUGAUGACGAUGAUGAUGAUGAUGGACGAGAUGAAGACCUCAACUGCAUCACAACAGAACUUCUGCUCCAACUCGACGGUGCUGAAGACUCGGACGGCCUGUCACUCCUGCAGCAUCAGCAUGCUGAUCCCCUGUCCAUCAGGAUACAAACAGACCCCCAGGUCCACCGCUCAAGACUGCAAGUACUUCAUCAGAACCGCCAGUAUGAAGUUAGGCAUCAACGGCUGCUCCUUCAAGUGUUACAGAGAGGUGGAGGUGAAGAGCUGCUGUCCAGGUUACUGGGGCCCAGACUGUAUCGAGUGUCCCGAUCAGCACAACAGUCCCUGCAGCAACAGAGGAGUCUGCUCUGAUGGACUGGGAGGAAACGGGACCUGCAGCUGUCAGGUGGGUUUUGCAGGAACUGCAUGUGAGGAUUGUGCACCUGGUCGAUAUGGUUCCACCUGCACCUCAGUGUGUUCCUGUGUCCACGGUCUUUGUAACUCUGGAUUAAAAGGUGACGGUAGAUGCACCUGUUUCUCUGGAUACAGAGGUCCAAACUGUGACCAAGAGUUACCUGAGUGUGCGGCUCUCAGCUGUCGGCAGAACUCUCGUUGUAUUGAAGAGGCUCUGACGGGUCAGCUGGUGUGUCAGUGUUUACCUGGUUACCAGAAAUCAGGAGAUCAGUGUUUAUCUAUAAACCCGUGUCUCCAGCGGCUCUGUCAUGUCCACGCCUCCUGUGUCCACACUGGUCCAAACCAGCACCUGUGUGCCUGUAAUGAGGGUUACAGCGGGGACGGACGAGUCUGCAUGGCCAUCGACCCAUGUCAGACCCAACAGGGAGGCUGCUCCGCCAAGUCCACCCGAUGUGUCUACGACGGACCAGGAAAGUCUCACUGUGAGUGUCUUCCUGGUUUUGACAACCUUUCUAACGGUGGCUGUAGCCUGAAGGACUCCUGUAGACCUGAUUCCUGCCACAAGAAUGCCAACUGUACCACCGUGGCCCCAGGAAGAGUGGAGUGUACCUGUCUCCAGGGUUACCUGGGUAACGGUAAAGUUUGUUAUGGGAACAUCAUGCAGCGCCUGAACGAUCUGAACACGGAACCUGGAGGACAGUGGAGCGGUCAGCUGAGCAACGCCAUCUCUCUGUUCGGGUCUCUGUCGUGGCCACUGCAGAACUCGGGUCCUUUCACUCUAUUUGUCCCGAUCAAUAAAGGCUUCAGAGGAAUUUCGGUGAACACUCUGAAAGCGGACUUGUCCAAAGCUAAAUACCUGUGUAAGAUGCACCUGGUUGCUGGGGUGAUGCCAUUUGACACUUUGAAGAAAACUGACGUCUUUUACACCCUGACUGGAAAAUCAGCUGAGACUGACACAUCAGAGGGGGACACUAAAAUCCGUAUCCAUGGCAGCAGAAAGAAGGGCUUGAUCAUCCAGUCUGAUCUUCUCGCAUCCAACGGGAUGAUCCACAUUAUCAAUAAGCUGAUGGACAGCGUCUCAGCCACCGUGGAGAGUGAUACUGAGGAGAACCUGAUGAAGAUUAUUUCUGACUAUGGAAAAUUUGACAAGUUCAAGUCUUUGUUAGAGAAAACUGACCUGGCGUCUGUCAUGGACCGUCCUGGGCCCAUCACCGUCUUCGCUCCCAGCAGCUCAGCUUUCGAUGCGAUGACUGAAGGACACCUGCCUUUCCUCAGCAGUGCUGAAGGUCACAACAAGCUGGUGGAGUUUCUCAGGAACCACAUUGUCCUCUCCACCACACUGGAAGUCUACUUUGCCGUGUCAAGUCCCAGAAUUGUGACCAUGGCCAAUCAGGUUCUGACGAUUAACGUGACAGAAAAUGGUCAGAUUCUGGUUAACGGAGCGGCAGUGUUGGAGGCGGCAGUGGAAGCUAAAAACGGACGUCUGUAUGUGCUGGAUGGAAUUUUGACUCCGUCCUCCAUCGAACCUUUGCUGCCCCACAGAUGCGACGUCAGCGAGACCAAGACCAUCAAGGGUGAAUGUGUCAGCUGCUCAAAAGUAAAACUAUCCCAGUGCUCGUCUGGAGUUUAUACAGGCUCCUCCACUUUUGGAUGUGUUUACACUCUCUCCAUUGGCAGUCCAGCUGUCAACAUCCCGGCAACCGGUUGCUCACCGCUCUGCAACGCAACUGUAACGACCCCAGCGUGUUGUAAAGGUUUCUAUGGUCCAGACUGCACCCCCUGUCCAGGUGGAUACCAGAAUCCCUGCUCUGGACACGGUCAGUGUUUGGAGGGGAUUGGAGGAAAUGGAAUGUGUAUCUGUGAUUCGAACUUCAGAGGCUCUCGUUGCCAGUACUGCUCCUCCAACAAAUAUGGACCAAACUGUGACACAACCUGUCCCUGUAUCCACGGACAAUGUGAUAACCGGCCGGACUCAGAUGGUCGAUGUAAACCUGAGUCGUGUCUGAAGGGUUUCACAGGCUGGUUCUGCGAUCGACAGACGGCGGCCUGCGGCGUUCAGGCUCAGUUCUGUCAUGCCCACGCCGACUGCGACUUCAGCAAGCGGACAACAAGGUGUGUAUGUAAACCUGGUUACCAAGGUGAUGGUAUCACCUGUGUGGAGUCUGACCCCUGUGCUCCACCUCUCCGAGGCGGUUGCAGCGUGAAUGCUAAAUGUAUAAAGACGGGACCGGGGACUCACUCCUGCCAGUGUCUGACAGGAUGGAGGCAGGACGGAGACGAGUGUCAACCAAUCAACAACUGUAACAGUCCUGACAGAGGAGGCUGUCACCCCAACGCCACCUGCAUCCACGUCGGACCUGGACAGAGUGACUGCAGCUGUAAGUCCGGGUACAAAGGAGACGGACGAGACUGUGAAGCCGUUAACCAGUGUGUAACUGGGAAUGGAGGCUGUCAUUACCUGGCCAGCUGUCGCCUGCUGUCUUCUCAGUGGACGUGUGUCUGCGAUGAAGGAUAUAGUGGAAAUGGACGUAUAUGUUUCGGUUCGGUGGAACAGGAGCUGAUGGCUGUGCCCGAUGCCGGGGAGUUCUUCUCAUGGACUCUUAGGACCGGUCUGUUUCAAUCUCUGUCGGAUCAGAACCUCACGCUGCUGGUUCCGUCUUUAGCUGCUGUCGCAAAAAUGUCUUCAGAGGACAAAAACUUCUGGAUCAACAAAGGAAACCUGCCGAGUCUCAUCAGAAAUCACAUGAUCCCGGGUUACUAUCCAUUGUCCAUCCUGAGCACCGUUUCCUCUGUGACUUCACUUCUCAAGACAAGACUUUCUGUUUCAACAACCAGUGAGCUCACGGCUGUUGGUGGAGCGACCGUCACCACAUCGGAUAUAGCUGCAACCAACGGACUGAUCCACGUCAUCGAUAAGGUUUUGGUUCCUGACAGGAAGCUGAGUGAAGGGCUGCUGGCGACGCUCGACCUUAGACCCGAGUUCUCUCUCUUCAGAUCAUAUCUCAUCGACUACAACAUCACAGACGAGAUCGAACAAACCAACGAAUUUACUGUCUUCGCUCCGACGGAUGCUGCCAUUAACGAUUACCUCAAGAAAAUGGCUGCAACUGCCCUGGAUGUGAAUACGACUCGUUACCACGUGGUGGCGGCAGAGCGUCUGUUAAAGACCGACCUGCAGUCUGGAGGAUACAAACAGACGCUGCUCGGAUUCUCCUUCCAGCUUGGCUUCUUCCCCCGAGACGGAAAGUUGUUUGUGAACGAUGCUCAGAUAAACUCCUCCAACAUCCUGAGUGGUGAAGGAGUGGUUCACGGUCUGACCGCUGUUCUGCAGAUCAACAGGAACCGCUGUGAUGAAAUAACACACCAGAAAGUCGUGGGACUUUGUGUCGACUGUUUGUUCCCACGAGGCAAAAUCUGCCCGAACGACACCGUUCCUGAUAAAUCAGUGAGGACUAGGAAAUGUAUGUUCACUCGGAUGUUUGAAGAAGAGCGACUGCUGACCAUCGGCUGCAGAGCCGCCUGCCUCAGGAAGAGCAUUGUGCGGAGGUGCUGUGGAGGGUUUUUUGGGGAGCACUGUGAACCGUGUCCCGGUCCAAAGGGUCGGCCCUGCUUCGGUAACGGAGUGUGUUUGGACGGGACGAACGGGACCGGAGUCUGUCAGUGUAACAGAGGUUUCAACGGGACAGCUUGUGAGACCUGCAAUAGCGGGAAAUAUGGAGUCCACUGUGAUCAGGAUUGUGGAUGUAAAAAUGGCCGCUGUAACGAGGGGAUCACCGGCGACGGGACGUGCGAGUGUGACAUUGGCUGGAGAGGAGUCCUCUGUGAUGAAAAGAUUGAAUCCAAAGCUGAUGAGCUGUGCGGCUCAGUGAAAUGUCACACCAGCGCAAAUUGUGUGAUCAGACCGUCCGGCCCUCAGUGUCGCUGUGCUGCAGGAUUCGAAGGAAACGGGACCUUCUGUCAAGCUAAAGACCCAUGUUUGGUGGAUAAUGGCGGCUGCAGUCUGUAUGCGGUCUGUAAAAGGACUCGACCUGGACGUAGAGACUGCGUCUGUACCAGCGGAUACUCUGGAGAUGGACUCGUGUGUGUCGAGAUCAAUCCCUGUCUGGAAGGAAGCGGAGGCUGCCACGUCAACGCAGACUGCGUCCAUGUCGGACCCAACAAAACGUCCUGUGCCUGCACUGAAGGUUACUCUGGUGACGGACAGAACUGUCAGAUGAUCAACUUGUGUCGAAAGAAAAACGGGGGCUGUCACCAGUAUGCUAGGUGCAACAUGACCAGUCCAGGGGUUCGCACCUGUACGUGCACCGGCAACUUCAUCGGAGAUGGCCUCAUCUGCAGAGGCACCGUGGGGAAGGAAAUCCUGACGAGGAAGCUGAGAGACUUUUACAUCGGUCUGAUGAUGGUGGAGAUUUCUCUGAAAGGUCGCGGCCCGUUCACCGUCUUCGCUCCGAGCAGCGGCGCCUUCGCAGCGGACAAAAACGGACCCGGCAAGAUGAAAUCCUUGAUGUCGGAUAAUCAUAAAGAACGAUACGCCGCCGUCCUGCGCAGCCACAUCGUUAUGUGUCACACUCUGCUGCUCGCAGACCUGAGUCAACCCCGAAACCUGACGUCUCUGUCCGGACUCGUCCUGACCACCAGGUCCAUCCAGGGCAGCAUUUUCAUCAACCAGGCUAACGUGACGUACAGCCAUGACGUCAGCAUUAACGGGGUUUUCCACGAGAUCAACAGGAUUCUGUUUCCUCCCAACGUGGACAGAGACGAGGAUCCAGACGUCCCUCGGAACCUGACCGAUGUGGCUGAACAUCAUGGCUAUAAAGCCUUCUACAAACUGCUCAAGGACACAGGUGUGACGGACCUGUUGAAUGAUGGGAUGUACCAGCCGGUGACGGUCUUCCUGCCCUCAGACGGCGUCAUGGCGUCUCUGCCGCAGGAGCAGAAGGACUUCCUGUUCCACCAGGACAACCGACCUCAGCUGGUGGAAUACCUGAAGUACCACAUCCUGCAGGCCCAGAAGAUUUACGCAGAAGGUCUGAUCCAUCUGGACUCGGCUCGGACUCUGCAGGGCUCGCCGCUCUCCUUCACCUGCGGAGGGGUGGACGCCAUCGGAGAAAUCUUUGUUAAUCCCGGGAAGUGUCGGAUCGUUCAGAGACACCUCAUCUUUAACGGUGGAAUCGCCUACGGGAUCGACUGCCUGCUGACGCCGCCCAGCCUCGGAGGACGCUGCGAUGAACAGACGACCUUUGACCUCCAGAUGAGUUGUGGACUGUGCACCUCCUCAGCUGUUCGCUGUCCUAGAGGCUCCAAAGUGAAGGAGGUUCAGAAGUGUGAUCUUCCCACCAUGUUCGUUACUAAAAACUCCGGCUGUCGCAGCGUCUGCACCGUCAACUUCUGGCAACCAAAGUGUUGUCAUGGUUACCACGGACGAGACUGUCUGGUGUGUCCAGGUGGAGUCGGCUCACUCUGCAGUAACCGUGGUAAAUGUGAUGACGGUCACCUCGGUAACGGCACCUGUACCUGUGACGCAGGUUUCAGGGGUGUGGCCUGUGAGCAGUGCAGCGACGGAUUCUACGGACCCACCUGUAAAGCCUGUAACUGCUCAGAACACGGGUCAUGUGACGACGGACGUAAAGGUACAGGUUCGUGUUUCUGUGAGACCGGUUGGACCGGAGACCGAUGUGAGACUGAGCAAUCUGAAGUCUUCGAGUGUUCGCCGUCCUGUUCCCCCAAAGCCGUCUGUAAGGACAACAACACCUGCAUCUGUCGGCCAUUUUAUGAAGGAGAUGGAUUCACCUGUACAGUGGUGGAAAUGUGUAAGGUCUGGAACGGUGGUUGUGCUACAGGAGCUAAAUGUUCUCAGAAAGGAGGAAAGGUGAGCUGCACCUGUCCUAACGGUCACUCUGGAGACGGGUUCACCUGUCAGCCCAUCGACCCCUGCGUCUCUGGAGACAACGGAGGCUGCCACGAACACGCUACCUGCACCAUGAUAGCUCCAGGGAAGAAGACGUGCAAGUGUAAAGACAACUACAUUGGAGACGGAGUGACCUGUGAGGGCAAACAGCUGCCAAUCAGCCGCUGUCUCCAAGACAACGGGCAAUGUCAUCAAGACGCCAAAUGUACAGACCUACACUUUGAAGAUGCGACUCUUGGUGUGUUUCACUACCGUUCGGAUAAAGGUCAGUACAAACUGAACUACAGUGCGGCUCAACAGGCCUGCAAUGCAGAGGGAGGCAGCCUGGCUACGUACACUCAGCUGUCCUACGCUCAGCAGGGCGGGUUGAACGUGUGUGCUGCUGGCUGGUUGGACCAGGCCCAGGUGGCCUACCCCACCACCUACUCCAACCCCAACUGCGGCUUCGGACACGUGGGCAUCGUGGACUACGGGAUCCGCAAAAACUUGAGCGAGACCUGGGACACCUUCUGCUACCGGAUGAAGGAGGUGAAGUGUGAGUGUAAGACUGGUUACAUCGGAGACGGCUUCAGUUGCACAGGAAAUCUGCUGCAGGUGCUCAAGUCCACGCCGACCUUCUCCAACUUCCUCACACAAAUCCUGAACUACUCUCAGGAGUCCGAUUCAGGGAAGCACUUUGUGAAGCGUCUCAGCAACCUGACGGUCCAGUCCACUCUGUUUGUACCUGACAACAACGGCCUUCCUGAUAACCAGACUCUGUCUCAGCGGGACAUUGAGUUCCACCUGUCAGAGGGUCAGGCUCUGCCUCUCAGCCAGCUGAAGAACGGCAGUCGGAUCAGAACCAGAGUUGGAAGUCUGACCAUCCUCGGAGUCGCGGACCUGCUCGACCCCUCAGCUCUGUCAUCCCGUUACAUCAACGACCGCUUUGUCACCAACUCAGACAUCUUGGCCUCAAACGGGAUCAUACAUGUUCUCCAGGGACCCCUGAAAGCCUCGCCCCCGCGCCAAGAGGCGAGUGUCAUCAUGCACGCGGCACACAAGGCGGGGAUGGGAGUUGGAGUGGUGCUGCUGAUUGUUUUGGUGGCAGGAGUCAUCUUUGUUGGAUACCACUUCUACACCCACACCACCAAACCUUUCCAGUUCCACUACUUUAAGGAGGAUGAAUGCGAGGAAGAGGCUCCACCCGCAGACAGCAGUCGCAGCAUCUGUAACCCGGUUUAUGAAGCAGCUCCAGAACCUGCCGAGUCCAGCGCGUCUGAUGUCGCAGCGGACGACAAACACAAGGUGGUGAAUGGAGGAUCGUAUGACCUGCUGCAGGACAGCUGAGGGAAGCUGCUGCUGCUCCCGCUGCUCCCUGCUGGACUGGAACCCUCACAACUGUUUUUAUACCUCUAAGAAGUGAAAACCCUCGGAGCAGCUGAUUUAACACCGGAUCCUGUUUCAGGGUUCGCAGCUGUGUUCUUUUUUUGAGAACUGACGGACGGCAUCACCUACCCUCGCAGAAAACCAACACUAUUGAUGCAUUCAGGUGCUCUGAAUCAACUUUAAAAAGUCUGAAAUCUCCAGAAACAACUGUUUCUACCCAGGUUUGUUGCCAGGAAAGCCUCUGUUUUUUGCUCUAUUUGUUUGGAAAGUUUAAACCUUGUUUACCAUUUUAGAUUAAUCUGUAAACAUAGAAAAUUCAGUGAGGAUUCAUGUAUAACUGAAAAGUUAGAGGUUGAUUUAAAAAAAAAAAAAAAAUCAUGAAGA